GAUUCAGUUUGGACUUUUCAAAUGAACUUACGGAAUCGGCUUGGAUUUUUUCUCGAAAUGGACUAGUGGAAUCAGCUUGGACUUUUUCUCGAAAUGGAUUAAUGGAAUCAGCUUGGACUUUUUCUCGAAAUAGACUAAUCGAAUCGGCUUGGACUUUUUCUCGAAACAGAUUUGUGGAAUCGGCUUGGACUUUUCUCGAAACGGAUUCGUGGAAUCGGCUUGGACUUUCUCUCGAAACGGACUUGUGGAAUCAGCUUGAACUUUCUUUCGUGAAAUCAGCUUGGACUUUUUCUUAUGAUAAGCUUUUAUGGAAAUCGGCUUGGGCUUUCUUUCGAAACAGACUUGCA